GGGGGGGGGUGCCUAGGGGACAGCCUAAAACAGAAAAAAUAACGUGUAGUUGAGUCAUGGAUUUCAUAUAUACCGACUUUACAUUUAAAUACGCACCUUGGCCUGCAUAUUGCCUAUUCAAUAUUACCACCAAAGCCACUUUCAAUUCAAUGGAAAUUUCUUGUUGGGAUGUUUUGGCUCUCUCGUGCUUUGCUGCUCUUGCUUUUCUUUUCAAACUUGUCACUCUCCUUCGAUCUGGAGGCUCAAACAAAUUCCCACCAGGACCAAAGCCAUGGCCAAUCAUUGGGAACAUGAACCUUAUACGUCCCCCGCCGCAUCGAUCAUUCCAUAAACUGUCCCAAAAAUAUGGACCCCUUAUGCAACUUAAGCUUGGUUCAGUUCCAGUUGUAAUUGUAGCUUCAGCGGAAAUGGCAAAGCAAUUCCUAAAAGACCAUGAUCAUAUCUUUUGCACCAGACCUCAAACCGCUGCUGGCAAGUACACCGGAAGAAACUAUUCCAGCUUUCUAUGGGCACCCUAUGGUCCACAUUGGCGACUAUGGCGCAAAAUUUGUCAAUCUGAACUAUUUAGUUCGAAAAGACUCGAUUCCUAUGAGUACAUUCGUAUGGAAGAGAUGAAAGCUUUGAUGUCAAGUCUCUAUGCUUCACUGGGGAAGCCAAUUGUUCUUGAAAAAAAACUGUCCUGUUUCACUUUCAGCCUAAUGAGCAGAAUUGUGUUGGGUAAGAGGUACUUUAACGACUCCAGAUAUAAUAAAUCCACACUUCAUGUUGAAGAGUUCAAAAAGAUGGCACAAGAGUUUAUGAAGCUUCAUGGGGCAUUCAAUAUUGGAGAUUGGAUACCAUGGCUAGAAUUCUUCGACUUGCAGGGCUAUGUUAGGCGAAUGAAGACUUUGGUGAAAAAUUUUGAUCAGUUUUUUGAUUUUGUGUAUGACGAACAUAAGGUAAACAGGGAAAGAGAGAAGGAUAUUUUUGAGCCAAGGAACAUGGCGGGGUUGUUGUUGGAGCUGAUGGACGAUCCCAAUCUUGAUGUGAAGCUAACUUAUGACAGUGUCAAGGCGCUUACACAGGAUCUAAUGGUUGGAGGCAUAGAGACAACUUCAUCUACUCUGGAGUGGGCAGUGUCAGAGCUCAUCAAACACCCACAUCUCAUAGAAAAGGCUACCGAAGAACUAGAUAAAGUGGUUGGGAGAGAAAGAUGGGUGGAAGAAAAAGACAUUCCACAACUUCCUUACAUAGAUGCUAUAAUGAAAGAGACGAUGAGAAAACAUCCAGCAAGCGCCAUGCUUCCACCGCAUGCAGCUCUUGAAGAUUGUGAAAUAGGUGGUUUCCAUAUUCAACAAGGAAGCGUAGUACUUGUAAACACAUGGAGUUUAGGGAGAGAUUCAAGGUUUUGGGAUUGUCCAGAGGAGUUUCGUCCAGAGAGGUUUUUGGGGAAGGAAAUCGAUGUGAAGGGGAAUAGUUUUGAGCUGAUUCCAUUUGGUUCUGGUAGGAGGAUUUGCCCUGGCUACAAUCUUGCCUUGAAAAUGGUGUCGUGUGGUUUGGCAAACUUGUUGCAUGGAUUCAAAUGGAGAUUGCCUGAAAAUAUGAAAACUGAGGAUCUAAGCAUGGAAGAAGGUUGUGGAGCAUCGGCACCUCGGAAGGUCCCACUUGUUGCUGUCUUGGACCGUAGACUUCCAAUCAAUCUUUAUCAAAAUGUCUGUUAGCCCAGCAAGGUACUACAAUAAAUCUGUGCCACAGGUAGUCGCACAACAACAUAACACUUGUGGAGUAACCAAACAUCGGAAGGUUCACUUGCUGCAGUCUUGGGGCCAGACUUCCUAUUCAUCUUUAUCAGUAUUAAUAGUUAUUUUAUUUAUUUUUAAUUAUUUUCA